UCCUCGUUCGCCACUUCUCAUCAUGUUACAGGGACCAUAAAAAUGGCGUAUUUCUUCAGCCCCGGGUAUAAAUACACACAUGAUCCUGUGGUGGUUUCUUCCACAAGUUACAUCUCCUUCUGGUUUUUGUAUUGCAAGUGUUUGUGUUUUUUGCCUCCGAGAGAAAAUCAUGCCGACCGGUAGGUUCGAGACGAUGCGUGAAUGGGUCCACGACGCCAUCUCUGCUCAACGCAAUGAGCUCCUCUCUCUUUUUUCCAGAUACGUAGCUCAGGGGAAAGGGAUACUGCAGUCCCACCAGCUGAUUGACGAGUUCCUCAAGACUGUGAAAGUGGAUGGAACUACAGAAGAUCUUAAGAAUCGUCCCUUCAUGAAAGUUCUGCAGUCUGCAGAGGAAGCCAUAGUUUUGCCUCCCUUUGUUGCGCUGGCGAUUCGUCCCAGACCUGGUGUUAGAGAAUAUGUCCGUGUGAAUGUCUACGAGCUGAGCGUAGACCAUUUAACUGUUUCUGAGUAUCUUCGGUUCAAGGAAGAGCUCGUUAAUGGCCAUGCCAAUGGGAAUUAUCUUCUCGAGCUUGAUUUUGAACCGUUCAACGCAACGUUUCCUCGUCCAACUCGGUCAUCAUCUAUUGGGAAUGGGGUUCAGUUCCUCAACCGUCACCUCUCGUCAAUCAUGUUCCGUAACAAAGACAGCUUGGAGCCUUUGCUUGAGUUUCUCCGCACUCACAAACAUGACGGCCGUGCCAUGAUGCUGAAUGAUCGAAUACAGAACAUCCGCACACUUCAGGAAGCUUUGGCGAGGGCAGAGGAGUUCCUCUCUAAACUUCCUUUGGCUACACCAUACUCUGAAUUCGAAUUUGAACUACAAGGGAUGGGAUUUGAGAGGGGAUGGGGUGACACGGCACAGAAGGUUUCAGAAAUGGUGCAUCUACUUCUGGACAUACUCCAGGCACCUGAUCCUUCUGUCUUGGAGACGUUUCUUGGAAGGAUUCCUAUGGUGUUCAAUGUUGUUAUUUUGUCUCCGCAUGGCUACUUUGGCCAAGCCAAUGUCUUGGGUCUUCCUGAUACUGGUGGACAGGUUGUCUACAUUCUUGAUCAAGUACGUGCUUUGGAAAGCGAGAUGCUCCUUAGGAUACAGAAGCAAGGACUGGAUGUUACUCCAAAGAUUCUCAUUGUAACAAGGUUGAUACCAGAAGCAGAAGGAACAACAUGCAACCAGAGGUUAGAAAAAGUAAGCGGUACAGAACACACACAUAUUCUACGAAUACCGUUUCGGACUGAAAAGGGCAUUCUUCGCAAGUGGAUCUCGAGGUUUGAUGUCUGGCCAUACCUGGAGACUUUCGCAGAGGAUGCAUCAAAUGAAAUUGCUGCGGAGUUGCAAAGUGUGCCAAAUCUCAUCAUUGGAAACUACAGUGAUGGGAAUCUCGUGGCUUCAUUGUUAGCUUGUAAGCUAGGCGUGAUACAGUGCAAUAUUGCUCAUGCUUUGGAGAAAACCAAGUAUCCAGAGUCUGACAUUUACUGGAGAAACCAUGAAGAUAAGUAUCAUUUUGCAAGUCAGUUCACUGCGGACCUAAUUGCCAUGAAUAAUGCUGAUUUCAUCAUCACCAGCACAUACCAAGAGAUCGCUGGAAGCAAAAACAAAGUUGGGCAAUACGAGAGCCACACAGCUUUCACCCUUCCUGGUCUUUACAGAGUUGUUCAUGGAAUCAAUGUCUUUGAUCCCAAGUUUAAUAUAGUCUCUCCAGGAGCUGAUAUGACCAUUUACUUCCCAUAUUCUGACAAGGAAAGAAGACUCACUGCCCUUCAUGAGUCAAUUGAAGAACUCCUGUUUAGCAGCGAACAGAAUGUUGAGCAUGUUGGUUUUCUUAGCGACCAGUUGAAGCCAAUCAUUUUCUCCAUGGCCAGACUUGAUAGAGUGAAAAACUUGACUGGGCUAGUUGAGUGCUAUGCCAAGAACAGCAAGCUGAGAGAGGUUGCGAACCUCGUUGUAGUUGGUGGCUACGUGGACGUGAAUCAGUCCAGGGACAGAGAGGAAAUGGCUGAGAUACAAAAGAUGCACAGCCUAAUCAAGCAGUAUGGUUUACACGGUGAGUUCAGGUGGAUAGCUGCUCAAAUGAACCGUGCUCGGAACGGUGAGCUUUACCGUUAUAUCGCAGACACUAAAGGUGUUUUUGUUCAGCCUGCUUUCUAUGAAGCGUUUGGGCUCACAGUUGUGGAAUCAAUGACUUGUGGGCUCCCAACGUUUGCUACAUGUCAUGGUGGACCUGCGGAGAUCAUCGAGAAUGGAGUUUCUGGCUUCCACAUCGACCCUUAUCAUCCAGAACAGCUUGCAACUACUUUGGUCAGCUUCUUUGAGACCUGCAACGCUGAUCCAAGUCACUGGGAGAAAAUCUCUGAUGGAGGGCUUAAGCGAAUCUAUGAAAGGUACACAUGGAAGAAGUACUCAGAGAGGCUGCUUACGCUGGCUGGUGUCUAUUCAUUCUGGAAACAUGUGUCUAAGCUUGAAAGGAGAGAAACACGACGUUACCUAGAGAUGUUUUACUCUCUCAAGUAUCGUGAUCUGGCCAAUUCAAUCCCACUGGCAACUGAUGAGCAUUGAGCAAGCUAUGGUUGGAUUCUAAUACUUGCUGCACUCCCUGUUGUGUGUUUCUGUUAUCUUUGAAUAAAUAAGCUAUUGUCGGCUUUUGUUUCCAUGACUAGUUUGGUUUUCAGACUUUUCCUGUUGUUUUCUUGAUAUGAAUAACAAGUAUCGUUGAGUUCUAAGCUCGGCAUUAAAUAA